AUGAUAAAGAACUAUUGGAAUGGCAAGGAGGUGAUGGCACUGCUUCUUGACCAACGAGGAAAAGAUGUCCCUAUCACGGAAGCAGUAAUUUCUACUAUUGCCCAAAGCUUCAAUAAGGAGGUGAUGGCGCUGCUUCUUGACCGACGAGGGAAAGAUGUCCCUAUCACGGAAGUAGUAGUUUCUACUAUUGCCCAAAGCUUCAAUAAGGAGGUGAUGGCACUGCUUCUUGACCGACGAGGGGACGAGGUCCCCGUUACAGAAGAAGUGGUCAAGGCGGCAGCAGGGAACCGAGGGAAUGGCAAGGAGGUGAUGGCGCUGCUUCUUGAUCGACGAGGGGACGAGGUCUCCAUUACAGAAGAAGUGGUCAAGGCGGCAGCAGGGAACCGAGGGAAUGGCAAGGAGGUGAUGGCGCUCCUUCUUCACCGAAGCCUACUGACCAGAUCGUUCAUCUCUAAUGAUGUUUUACGUAUUGCUUCUGCUUGUGGCCAACUAGACAUCCUUCGCUUCCUGUCUCGCCAAGCCUAUAUCGUCACUGUUCCAGAGGAUGACUUUGCCAUCGCCAGGCUGUAUAACGCGGCAGCAUCAGGAACCACAACCACAGUGAAAAAGCUUCUCCAGACCAGAACACCACCAGAUACACAGAACAUAUGGGGAUCGCCACUGUCAUUGUCCAUGAUCCACCAGGUGAUCCGGUUGCAGCCAGGGUGCCGGGCCGUCUCUUGCAAGACCCAUUCUGCCUCGUUCCGAAACGAUGAAGCAGCCAAUACCAUCGCCUCGUCCACGUCGACCUCUUGGACUUCGAAUGCCAUCAGCAGUCUGGCCAGUAGCUAA